CGUCACGUGACAGUUGUCCUUGCCCCGGUGUUAGUGACAGUGAUAAUGUCUAAGAACACUCGGAUAGUGCUUAUUUUCGGUGGUUUUGUCACUGCAGUGGCCGCAGCAUUUUAUCCUAUAUUUUUUUAUCCAAUGAUGCACUUAGAUGAAUACAAGAAAGAACAAGAGAUAAAUCGUUCCGAUAUCAUCCAAGAAAAUGUCCAACCAACAGGUUUGAAGGUGUGGACUGACCCUUUCUCAAGAAAGUAAAAAAGACACUCAAGCCACUUGGAAAUGUUGAUUUAUUGAUAUCUAAAGUAUGCAGAAUAUUUAUAUUCCUUUAUAUUUUGUACAAAAACUAUGAAUAAAACCUGUAUUGUUUCUUUUUGUGUCGCUAGUGUACGCAAGUAAAUAACAGAAAAAUAAUGUAGAUCUUUUGCCAAUGAUGAUUGAUAACUGUUAUAUUGAUAAUAGUAUCACAUACAUAAAUGUAUUUCAUAGGAAAAGCUGGAAAACUUAGAUAUGUUAAUUAUUUAUGUAUAAAGGGACAUUUGUACCCAGCUGUAUACAAGUGAGUUUGUUUUUCUGCUUAACAGACACUGUUUACUAGUUAAGACUGAAUUGAUGCUAUGUCUAACCUCUCAUUUCCCAGUGUAACUGUGCUACAGUCGUAUAGGCCUCAGCCUGUAAGGUACGCAGGGUCUGAUCUAAUGCUCUCUGCUCUGGCGGUAUUAUUUAAGAAGGCUUGUUCGUACUGCAUGCUCCGUCAAAGAAUUUUAAAAAGGAAAAUAUUAGAUUGAAAGUUGUUUAACUUGAUAUGCAAGUUUUGGGUGUGAAUAAGACACGUACAUUACAUUAUAAUGCUCAAAAACAAACACAUUUGUACUUGAUUUCUCUCCAUGCCAGCAAGUGUUUGAUCAUUUUUAGUUUAUUUAGUUAGCAGUGUUGCACAAAUUGGGGUUGUGAUAGCUAGUUGCCCUGCAUAAUUUGGACUGUUUUGUUGUGAAAUAUAUAUAUGUAUAUUAGGGCUGGGCGAUAUGGGCAAAAAUGAAAAUCACGAUUUUAAUCGCAAUUUUCUUAUAAAUGACUUUCAUUUUUCAAUAAAAAUUUAAUUUAACACUACAGAA